UCUUCUCUGUCCCCUCUCCCCUGGAAUCAGCCAUUUUCUCAAAGGAGAAGGGAGGGUGCUUUUGAAGGCAGGUGGCUGACCCCUCACCUCUGAGUGACCCCCUGGACUCUGAUUUCAAUGCGGCUGGCCCUGGCCAAUGGCAGAGGCGAUGCUCCCUCGGUUGCCAUGGAGACUUCUGGGCAGCAGCGCAGCGGAAGGAGGCGGUGACGUCACUGCUGGAGCAAGUGCAGCGGCCACAUCCUUGUCUUCGCCGGGGGCCACAGGGCACUGAGGGCAGCCCCGGGACCAGCCGCGAGUGACCAGCCACCCUGCUUUCUGAGCCCCCAUCCACGACACCCCGGUAACAGCAGCCCCAGGGAGACAGACCCGCCAUCCCAGAUUUGCUGAGGCUGCCAGGACGGGUGAGACCUCUGGAGACCAUCACCAAGAAAGGGGAAGUGCAUUUUUAUACCCUCCUUGGUGCAGCCUUGCCCAGACUCGGGACCCAAGGGCCAGCUGACAGACACCACCUCUGUUUCACUGUGCGUAAGUCCCUGGGAAUUCCCAAGAGCCUUCUCGGGGUAGGUUACAGAGAGCUGGACACCGCAGCCCUGUGGGCAGGGCCAGGGGCAUCCUCCGCUAGAGGGACAAAUCAGGCCCUUGAGGCCUCCCUCUUACUGAGCCUUUGCGAAGGGAUCGCGGCAUCCUGGAUAAUUUUGUGCAUCCCCGAGGCAGCUCAAGUGUGCACAAGCAGGCAUACUGCUGCCUCCGGGAGCUGGGCAAGAUGCUCUUCGGGGUCAAGGACAUCGCUCUGUUGGAGCACGGGUGCAAGGCGCUCGAGGUGGACAGUUACAAGUCCCUGAUGAUCCUGGGGAUACCGGAAGACUGCAACCAUGAGGAGUUCGAAGAGAUCAUACGGGUCCCUCUGAAGCCUCUGGGCAAGUUCGAAGUGGCCGGGAAGGCCUUUCUGGAAGAAGACAGAUCCAAGGCAGCCAUCAUCAGGCUGGAGGAAGACAUCAAUUACGCCGUGAUCCCCAGGGAGUUCAAGGGCAAGGGCGGCAUGUGGAGAGUGGUCUACAUGCCCCGGAAGCAGGACAUUGAAUUCCUGACCAAGCUGAACCUCUUCCUGCAAAGCGAGGGCAGGACGGUGGAGGACGUGGCCCGGGUCCUGAGGCAGGAGCUAUGCCCAACAGUGCCGGGCCCCCGAGAGCUUCCUGCCAGAAAGUGCCGGGCACCUGGGCCCGGGGAGAAGCUGGGGGCCGGGGCCCCUGUGGGCGCUGACGGGGCGCCAGCUCUGGACUCCGUGGAGAAGCAGAGCAAGGCUGGAGAUGACAAGAGAGGCAAGCGAAAACACAAGAAGAGCCGACGGCGGCACCAUGCAUCUGACAAGAAGCUGUGAGGUGUUUGCAGGAAACAGAAGAGGAGAAACAGGGUCCGUGAUUCCAAGGGUUUGGAGAAGGUCUCUUGGCAGAGUUGAGGAAAAGCCAAGCCAGAGGACCACGUCGGGGAGAUCCCUGCUCUGGAGAAAAGCCACUAUCCCCUCUCUGCAACCCCCUGAGUCCUGCUGUCAGGGACAGCCCCUCUUGCUGAGUACGUGUUGCCAGGAAGAAACACAGACCCUUCUAGCUUUGGACCCUGCUGGAAAUCCUGCCAUUGCAAAGUCUAGACCCGUUUUUUGUUUUUUUGGAUUUUGUUUUUGUUUUUGGUUUCAGGUUUUUUUUUUUUUUCUUGGUCUUUUAAAAGGAUGGACCUUGAAGGUAACUCUCAUCCAGAGUGGGCCACCAAGUUUUGCAGAAACCAUGCCUGACCAAGUGAGUUGCCUGCUUGCCACACCUGAGGAGCCCAGCAUUCUGUGUUUGACUCUGUCAAAAGCUGUCGCUGUCCUGUACACACUUGGUCUCCUUUACAAGGGAUGGUCACACACGGGACUCUUCUGCUCCGAUUGGCCCCAGGGGUUAGGAUAUGGGUCUCCCCAAAUUCCAUUCCAGAAGCUCCAACUUAGGCACAGGGGCCACCCCACUCUAAAGAACAAAAGGCAAGACUUUCAGGAAAUGGUCCAAAAGGAGGUAAAUAAUUAGGAGGUCACCCUCAAGAGUUACCCAUUAACAACAUUAACUUGGAGUCCCCCGUGAUGGUGAAGAGCAACAAAAACAAACAAACAAAAAAAGAAUCAGUAAAAUCCAAAUGUCCUUGGGUAGAUAGAGCUCUUAUUCAGUGACAUCGGGUCUGUGAAUUUGCAAACUUCCACUAGUUCAGGGAUUUGCAAAGGUUUGGGCUGAAUUUCUUUGGUUUAAAAAAAAAUGUAAUUUACAUACAUGCCACUCUGAUUCUCACCUACCAAAGCAUGAUAAUGGAGACCCUCCCCAACAUAUUACUCUGGCGGGCAUCAGUCACGUCUGUGAAUUCCUGCAUCCAAACCCUGUUCUUAUUUCUGUGAGGCUACCCCUGAGCUCCCACACUGAACAGAGCCAAAAUGUGAAGAUUCUCUCUCUACGCACACCCCCCCCCACCUUGGCAGCCAAGGUGCGGGCAAGGGACCCACACUCGGGCAGUCAGAAAUCCCUCUUAGGUCAUUGCAUUCCCAGCAAGCAUCAAGACAGAAGGAAUUUUUAGAGUUCACAGGCGAUGAUACCCUAAAAAUCUGGAAGACUCUGAUUUCUGUAAACUCCCCCAGCUGGCUCUGAGUCAUCAGCCUCACCAUCCUUUUCUUUUGAGCAUCGGUUGGGAUGAAGCUUUCCCUGCCAUCUCUGCAUAUAUAUUUACUGUUCUUGCAAGUGCAUCUGUGGUCGUAGUGCUCUAUUGACCUUUCCUUCCCUUGUAAGUUUCCAGCCAGGCAACCUCACUCGCAGUGUAUUAUGUUACUGUGUUCGCUGUUUCCUCAGAGUCUGGGCUUGAAUAAGACCUCAGGCACAUUAGCUUGUUGCAUGCCAUUCUCCCAUCAAGGCACAGUCAUUGUAUCAUAACAAGGGACAGUGUGACAUUCUUUAUUGUCUAUUGCAGCAUCGAGACUGUAUUUGUGCAUAUUGUGGGUUUAGGGUCUUUCCCGCACAACAUCCAUAUGUGUGAUACACAACAUGAGUGUGAGUCAGUGUUCAAUGUUGCCCCUAAAACUCAAUCUCCUAUCCCUUCUCGAGGUUUUCUGGAAGUUUCCUGACAUAGCAACGCAAGCAGUUGUGUCAAUUGGCUACCAUUUGAAGCCAGUUAUCUGUGUGAGUCAAGACCUGGCUGGCACACAGCAAAUCCUAAGUGAAAAUUCCCAGAUAAAUUGGACGUGCAGGCUAGGAGAUGCCCACAGUUGGCCUGGUGAAGUCCCAUUUCUCAAGAAAUUUAGGUUCCACUAAAACUCUUCACUGUUCUUUGUGGUUGAUGCUCUAUUGUACAAAUAGGAACUUACAAAAUAAAUGUAUGUGAAUGCAAUCACAGUAUGCUUUUUGAUAUGUUGGGGGAAUCCACACUAGAUCUAAUCUGGAAAAAUAAUCUAAGAGUGCCUGGGUAGCUCAGGUGGUUAAAUAUCUGGUUCGUGAUUUCACCUCAAGUCAUGAUCUCAGGGU